CCGCCCUUGCCCCGCGGUCGGCUCUGUCGGCGCUCUGCGCCCCCGCGUCCCCGCCGGGCCCCGGCUCGGCUUCUGCGGUCGCUAUGACCGCGGCCGUGUUCUUCGGCUGCGCCUUCGUUGCCUUCGGGCCUGCCCUCGCCCUCUACAUCUUCACCAUCGCCACCGAGCCGUUGCGCAUCAUCUUCCUUAUCAUCGGAGCUUUCUUCUGGUUGGUGUCUCUGCUGCUUUCUUCCCUCAUGUGGUUCGUGGCAGCAACCCUUAUUGAUAACAAAGGAGAACCAAGACAGAAAUAUCUGUUGAUCUUUGGCGUGUUAAUCUCAGUCUUUAUCCAAGAAAUGUUCCGGUUUGCAUAUUAUAAAGUUUUAAAAAAAGCCAGUGAGGGUUUGAAGAGUAUAAACCCAGGUGAGGAAGCACCCUCUAUGCGAUUGCUGGCUUAUGUUUCUGGUUUGGGCUUUGGAAUCAUGAGUGGCGUAUUUUCCUUUGUAAAUACCCUGUCUGACUCCUUGGGACCGGGCACGGUGGGCAUUCAUGGAGACCCUCCCCAGUUCUUCCUAAAUUCAGCUUUCAUGACGCUGGUAGUCAUAUUGCUGCAUGUGUUCUGGGGCGUUGUGUUUUUUGAUGGCUGCGAGAAGAAAAAGUGGUACGCCCUUCUUGUCGUUCUUCUGACCCACCUGCUGGUAUCAGCUCUGACCUUCAUAAGUCCUUACUAUGGAUUAAAUCUGGUGUUGGCAUACGUCGUCAUGGUGCUCACGGGCAUCUGGGCCUUCUUUGUUGCCGGAGGCAGCUGCCGAAGCCUGAAACUCUGCCUGCUCUGCCAAGACAAGGACUUCCUCCUCUUCAACCAGCGCUCCAGAUAACCUUCGGGAGCCCGCAAUUCUCAAACAGUAAGCUGCCUCUUUAGAGGAAGCACAACUGUGCCUUUUUCUAAAAAUCCCUUUUCCUGGUGGAAUUUAGAAAAAAAAAAACAAAUUAUUUAGAUACAAUGUGGCUUUCAUUCAACAGCUUUCUGAGAGGGAUACAUCCGUGGUGUGCAGCCUGGCUGAACAUUAGAACUACCUGCAGAAACAUAAAGAAUACAGAUUUCUGGGCUCCAUCCUCCAGAUUUCAUUGGUCUGGGCAUUGGGUAAUUUUUGAAGCUUCCCAGAUGACCCUGAUGUGCAGCCUGGUUGAGAACCGCUGGUGUCCAAAUAGGAACUUCCUGAGACCACCAUAAGUGAAUAGGAGUCACAUGUUUAGCUGUCUCCUAACUCAGCCUGUGCUGAGCCAGUAAGUAUCUGAAUGUCAAAUCCUGGUUAGCCUUUGUCUUUUCGAGUUCUGAAGUCACAAGAGGCUGAAGGGCUAUCAUCUCUGAAUUGUUUUCACGUACUUCACUGGUACCCUGUUUUAUGAGAACAUGGUAGGCCGUGCUUCUAACUACAAUAGUACAUUGCACUGACUUUCUAUGAUCAUUUAGCCAAAGUAAGCUGUUGACGAAUGGACUAUUUUUCUUUACUUUUUCCAUUCUUGAUUUUGCUUUUGAAGCAUUAUAUGGUUUUUGAGCAUAGAUUCCUUUUCUUUAACUAAAAACCAGCUAUUUUCCAACUUCCUGGGAAGAUGAUAUAAAACCAAGGCUUUUUGUGCAACUUCUGUUAAGUCUUCCCUGGGCUUAAGGCUUUUCAUGGGCUCUGCCCCAAGGCACUGUUUACCAGCUGAGUGCCCGCUGCUGGACUAGUUGAGAUGAAGCGCAUUGUUCUGUCUCGGAGCAGCUCUGCGGGUUGCUGAGUGACGUACCCUGGAACAGGCUUCCCUGGAGCUGGCAGAAGUUUACUAAAAGCAGGAUGAAAACAAGCCAACGGGGUGGUGUUGACACUUAUAAUUUGUUCCUGUGAUAUUAACUAGCACUUACCCCCAAAUGGUGUAGUGGAAAAUUGGAAAUAUGUCUCAAACUGCCACAUUCGUGCUUUUAACAUAGCCCAUAUAAUCUUUAGAACUCGUUAAUGUGUCUGGGUUUUGCUGGCAGAUGCAGCAUUCCCUUUAUAGGACUAUUUAAGAUGUUUGUUCAGCUUCCAAACAACACUUUUGGUUUCCUUUGUAACGAGGAAUUGUGCCUUUGCUAACUAGAAGCUGUUCCCAGUUGAUGGCUUUUCGGAAGCUGAUGGUGUGAAAUGGAAAUUCCCUACACAUUCAAGUGAGGAGCUCAGUGAAUCCGUAUGUGCAGUAGAACAACCGAAAGAAUUAGAAGCAGCAUGGGCUCACCAGUGACGUGACAGAUGGGAGAAUUUGACAGUGCUGUUUUGCGGAAGAAUAACAGGUGUGUUUCAAAUAGAAACACAGUCAGUAUUUUGGCUUAGCCGCACAUCAUCCCAGGGACCAGAACCUUACCCGUGAACUAGACCUUUAUCAGUGAAAUCCCCUCUCGUUUAAAUUAUUUGAAUUUUUCCGUCUAGGGAUUCAGGAGGAGUAGGGUUUCUACAAAGGCUCUAAACAAUCCCAUAAGCAAUUAUAGUUACUCCCCUAAAGUUUACUUCAGCACUAAUACCAAUGUUUUUGCUGGGGUUUACAAUUUUCUACCUUUUUUACAAGAUUUUCUUUAGACUAGGUGAGUCAUAGAAGAGUCAAGGCCAUAGAGACUGAAUAGUGAAAUCUACUGUGCAGAGUUGAAGGGAACAAGAUAACCAUUGAACUGGGCUUCAUUCCUAUUGGAGCAGGGUGUUCUUUGAUGAAUAGGAUAAGAAAAAUAUAGAGUGGGUUAUUACUGUUGACUUACAAAUCUCUUAAACCGAUAGUCUGGUAAAAUAUUUGCUGAUCUGUAAAGUAUAGAAAUAUCUGAGAAUAUUAAUAUCACUCAAGUUCUGAGGAUGUCAUCUGUGCGUUAAUGGUUUAAUAUUAAGUAAAGAAUCUGGGAUGUUGUGAAAUCUCAUUUAUAAAAGCAUCUCAGGCAGAAAGAAAAUUUUCUUUGGUGGUGAGACUGUUGUCUUUGUUCAGGAAAUUAAUGAAUGAAUAAAGGAGCUUUGUAAGUCUUUAUUUCUCUCAUGAGCAUUGCCAUAGCCAGUUUAGGCACUAUUAUUGCAAAUAGCCUUGCUUUGCCUGAUGCCAAGGAAGCCCAGAGGGAGAGUAGUCUUCCUCUGCUGUGUGUAUAUAUUGAGAUGUGCUUUAUUUUCUUAAUUUUUAUUUUCUGCGUUUGUUAUCUCUAGUGAGCUUUGUGAGCCCUGAUAGUGUUUGGAGAGGAGGUGGUGGUAUUAAUCUUGUAUGUUCUCCUCCACACGGGGCUUUCUCAGUUUGGAGGGAAGCAUGGCUGUGGUUAAAGUUGACCUCGAAAUGUGAAUGUUGUUGCAGCAUCUGUCUCUAUUGCCAUGUGAAUAAUUGAGAUUGAUUUUGGUUUUCUAAUACAUUUGUAUUUAUUUUUAACUCAUUUGAAUUAGUAGUUGUAACUGGAGAAGUUUUGUUACCCUUGGUCCUGGCCUGUAUGACUGGCAGUAGGGUAGCAGCAGCCUCUUUUCAAGCAUCUUAGUGGAAACGUGGCUGAAAGGAGUACGUGGUAUCUGCAGCCUGUAUAGAAAAUGGCUUUUGUUCCCAAUGUUAAUAUUUUUCUUCUCAAGCACAUUUCAUCAUUCACUGAGAGUGGCAGGUACACGUAAAAAAUGCUAGGUGUUUUUAUCCCGUCGAGUUGGAUAAGCAGCCAUGACAGAAGCUUCCUCUUACCUGGUCCUCUUCCCGCUCACCUCAAACCAGCCCCGAGACAUGGAUUAAUGGUCAGAGUGGGUCUGAGGGCCCUGGGGAAGCCAGGGUGGUGGCCUGUCUCGGACAUCAGCAGCUCGCUCCCUGGGAAGAGCUCCUUGAGAGCGCUGGCUUUUUGUUGGCUGAGUUUUUCCUAGGCCCCACAGUUCCUAACUCCAGGUAGACAGAUAUCACAACAAAACAAUUUCAAAGUUCUUUGCUUAGCGCACUUUGUUUCUGAUUGCAAUGUUUACAUUUCUCAUUCAAUAAAAGACUUUAUUUCAUUGCGUUACAUUUUAGCGUUUAGAGGGGUGGGCACUGUCUCUGUGUACAGUAUGUAUCAUUUUGUAUCUCCUACUGUUAUGUCAUGUAUACUUGCAAUAUCAGACCUUGUGUUCAAUACACAAUGCAAUAGACUCUUUCCAGACCUGUAUUUUUCAGUGAACAAUAAAAAGAUUGUA